CUGCAUGACAAAGCUCACAGAGCGCCUGGGAACCUUGGAGGGAGAGAACGGGCUCUUUGGGAGCAGCACGAUCACCUUUGCAUCUUUACCUCCGACCCACCGGGGCUCGGUUCGUCCUCAAACAACUUCACGAACUGCCCUGCUUCUUAGUUUUCGGGAAGCUCCCGGCUCCUGUCUCCCUUUCUCCAAGUGAACUUUGUAGGGAUGUUAGAGCAUCAUCGCGCAGAUAUCAGUGCUGAAGUAUUUAAAGGACGGAUAUAGAAGCUGAGCGCCUGGAGAGACCUGGUUUUUAUCCUCUUGUUGCACUUUUUUGUUCGGUUUAACGCACGAAACAGAAGGAGAGGGAGAGAGCGUGUGUGCAGGGGGAGAGAGAAAUCACACACUUUUUUUUUCUUUUUCUUUUUUUUUUUUUUUUGGAGCAACGUUUUCAUGCCUUCAGUCUUGCGGACUCUGAGAUGGACGUGAGAUUUUAUCCAGCUCCUAAUUCCAGCGUGGGUUCAUGUACAUUACCUACCGACUCCAGUCUGGACUAUUAUCAUUCUAACAAGAGCAGAUUCAGCGCUGCAGAUCGAGGAGUAAGGCUCUACAGUUCUCUGCCCAUGCGCCCUAACCCUGAUGGAAAGAGACUGCCCUCUACUGGGUUUGAUGGUGACAACAUGUACAUGAAUGAAAACAACCAUGAGUUCCUCCCGCCAAACCAGAGCUACACAGGCCAAACAGGUGGCGGUGGGGGAGGCGGCGGAGGUGGUGGCGCCUCAAGUGGAAAUGGAACUGGGGAUGAAGACUAUGAAAUCCCUCCAAUCACUCCACCCAACCACCCUGAGCCACAUCUUCUUCACCUGAUGGAGCAUGACUCUACAGGCUACCUCUGUCACUCGCUGCCACACAAUGGGCUCAUCAACCCCUACUCCUACACUGAGCUGCCUACGCUCAUGAUGUCGAACAUGUUGGCACAGGACGGCCACCUUGUCUCCAGCCAAAUGCCUUCGAUGACAGGUGAGAAGCGGCCAUCUUCAGAGAUGAUGAAGCCCAAGCCCAAACCCCAAAAAAAGAAGAAGAAGAAGGAUCCUAAUGAGCCCACUAAGCCUGUGUCAGCCUACGCCUUGUUCUUCAGAGACACCCAGGCACACAUCAAAGGACAAAACCCCAACGCCACCUUCGGAGACGUAUCAAAAAUCGUCGCUUCCAUGUGGGACGGCCUGGGGGAGGAGCAAAAACAGAGCUACAAGAGGAAAACAGAGGCUGCUAAGAAGGAGUACCUGAAAGCUUUGGCCGCCUACAGAGCCAGUCUGGUUUCCAAGACGUAUAAUGAGCCAGUGGACACAAAAACUGCCCAAACGAGUCAGGCUUCUCCACAUAUGAUGACAGCCAACACGCCCCUGUACAGUGUGCCACCUCCCCCCCAGCCGUCAUCACCAUACCUGGGCCCCGGGCCCUUCCCUCUCACUGACCUGCAGAGCUACGCAGGACACGCCCCCCGCCACACUCUGUCGCAGACGCUCAGCCAAUCACCAAUGCUGCCCAGCAUUAGUGCCUCUCCACCUUCCUCCUUUCAGAUCAGCCCACCGCUUCACCCCCACCAGCAGCUCUCCCUGCACCAGAGCUCGCUCCUCAACCAGCCUAUCCGCAUGCAGCAGGUCCAGUCCCAGCCAAUCAUCUCCCACCAGAUGGGGCUUCAGGCCUCUCUCCACUCCCCUCCUCCAGGGCAGCAGGGUUUUUCCCACCUUCAGUCAGAGUACCAGAAGAGCAUCGGGGGAUCCCAGUCUCCAGGAGCCCCUGGCCCCGGUCCGGGAGCUGGAGUGGCUCCGACCCAUGAGUGGGAUGGUGAAUACUGCAAUCGGGAGUGUGGCAACCACUGCAGCGGCAGCAUGAUAGGCAGGGACAAGCCCCUCUACCUCACCUGAAACUGAAGAUUUUACUCUGCUGACAAACACGACACCAAGGAGUCUACUCUCACAACCACCCCACACCCCCUCCCUGUCCCAGCCCCCUUUAUGAUGCACACGUUUAGAUCCAGUGUAAUAUUCACAUACAGUUUCAUGCUUCUCCAAAACUGUCACCAACAUUUUUUUCGUUCUCAAAGUAAAAAAUAUUUUUCUCGGUUCAUAGAUUUUGUGACCAUUUUUUGGACUAGAUGACUACUGUCUGCACCACUCAUUGUGUUAGCAGUCCCCUUGCUGUUUAAAUUUACGAAGCACUUAUGAUGCAUCCCUUCCUCCUCCUGAGACGUGUCUAUAAGUCCCAUCUGAUAUGCAGGUCAGGCUAUAGAGCUCCUCUUGUGUCGCCAUCAAAAAGUCCCCUCAGGGACCCCAUCCAGCUUUAAGUAGAACUAAAA